AUGUUCGACGUGUCCACCUUCGCUCCUGCGCGGCUUGCGCCUGUACUCCUAUCACUCCUUGCGCUUGUCUAUAUAGCGCGCCACGCCGUUAUUCGCAAGCACCAAGAUAUCGAAAGGCUACCUGGUCCAUCUCGCAAGGAUGCUACCUGGCUGUGGGGUCAUGAACUCCUGGCGUUCGAGAACUGUACGACGGACAUGUACACCAGGUGGGCUGUAACUUUUGGCACGUUCUUCAAGAUCAAGGGCGCAUUUUUCCACCGCGAUAUUAUCAUCGCGACAGACCAUGCCGCCGUGCAGCACAUAUUCCAGUAUUCCGACAAUUAUGUGAAAGAAACUGGGAUGCGGGAAGUGGCCGGAACCAUCCUGGGCAGAGGCAUCGUGUGGGCCGAAGGACACGAGCACGCGAAACAGCGCCGACUGCUAGCGCCUGCCUUCUCACUGGAGGCCAUCAAGGGGAUGACAGAUGAUAUAUCAGAAUCGGCCGAAAAGCUCGAAAGCAGGUUGACGAACCUGGUCCUCGCCCGCGAUGGAGGGGCCACCGUCAACGUCGCCGACCACAUCUCGACGUGCACCCUCGAUAUCAUUGGCCGCGUCGGGUUUGGCCAUGACUUCAGGUCGGGCCAGUCCGCAGAAGCCAAAGAGAUACGCGCGGUCUGGGAGAGGCAGGUUAACGAGUCGAACACAUUCAAGGCCUUCGUCGGUUCGCUGCUGCUCCGCACGUUCCCCAUCCUUACCUCGCUGCCGCUGCCCGUCAUGAAGGAGGCGCGGCGCACAAGGGAGAUCGUGUCCGAGCUCGCGAUGCGCUUGCUGAGGCACGAGUACUUCAGCGACAAGGGCCGGGACAUUCUCAGUAUCUUGAUGUGCGCGGGCAACAAGGACGGGGAAAAGGAGAAGCUCUCCUCUACGGAGGUCGUGGACAAUAUCACCACGUUCUUACUGGUCGGCCAUGAAACCAUCGCCGGAUCGUUGAGCUUCACACUGUGGGAGCUGGCCCGGCACCCAGAGAUACAACAGAAGCUGCGCGAGGAAAUUCGACAGUUCGGCCGCGACUUUGACUACGACGAUAUACAGCAGCUGAAUUACCUCGACGCGGUCGUCAAAGAGGGGCUUCGUUUGCAUCCUGCCGCAGCUAUGACCGAACGUGUAGCACUGAAGGACGAUGUCAUCCCCCUGAACAAGCCUGUCUGCACGUCGAACGGUCAGACGGUCUUGUCAAUCAGCGUGAAAGCAGGACAGGCAGGUCUAUUCCUCCUGCCACACCACUCGCCAUACAGCUAA